AUGGAUCUCAUGAGUCUGACCGCUCGAGACCUUUCCAACAAAUGUCUCGAGGCUUUCCAAAUAUGCUUGACUUCUCAGUCUCCAAACCCCGGUCUGUCCAAUCAACACGCGUCUCAUGAUGAGCGAUUUGAGUAUCGCUUAGCAGACUUUAAUCUCUGGAUUGACGGUAUCGGUGCACUGGCUCCUUCAAAAGCGUCACUCGACGCGAGGCUUAGUGAGCGACCGAUUGACCUUUCCCUCGUCAAAGGAAACCUUGUCAUACUGUUUCAGUCACUGGAAGACUGUUUAAGUCUGCUGCAAGCCAAUGAAUCGCUCGAAGAAGUCUUGCUCGAUAUUGACUCGGCCUUGGAAAGUCUCGUCACUCUGUCUCUAGCUAUUCGUAGGACAGGGCGUCGGUCGCGCCUUCACAAAGCAGAUCGUCUUUUCAAACCGGAAGAACAUGCUGGAUUGAGGAAACACUUGGAAGCCAUUAUUGUUCUCCGUCCUGGGUCUGGUCCAGGCCCUAAAGACGAUGAGUUCAGAACUAGGAUGGAAUCUUUGACAUCACUUCAAAGUCAUCUUGUCACAGCCAACUUGAAGCGGAGGAAUCGAUUCAUACAAGCCCAACUACAUUCUUUACGUUUGAGGAAAAGAAGUGCUGGGUUUGAACUCACGGUGUCGGAAGUCCCUGUGAAUAAUACUGCUUUAGCGCCUAGUCCAGAAAAUAGCAUGGGGGGAAUCAACAUGCCCCCGUCUAUCCCUCCUACGCAGACACUAAACAGGCCGCUGCCAGCGCCAAUGUCAGUCACCUCAGCGUCAGUUCCCGAGAGUGUCCAGCUCCAGAUGUUUACUAUAGCAGCCGGUCGAUGCUGGAACAGCACUUUCGACAAGAUCACCCGCCAGUCUGGCAUGUCCAUGACUUCUCUUUACGGUCUCUUCCUUGGCCUAGACCUUCAGAAGUUGAUAUCGGCGGUGAGGUCGGGUCUUUCAACCCGGAAGAUGGCGAAGCUGCUGCUAUCACUCAAAUGGCUGGAUGCCUAUGAGCACGAGACAGAAGAGAUUGAUCCUACACUGAAGCUAUCGACUUGCGACCAUGGAAGAUUACCAACUAUAACCGAGCAGAUCAGGUCUGAGGGAGAGGACAAGCUUGGUCUUGACAUCGGCUUUGCUGACGAGCAUGGCGACGAAUCUGCCGAGGCUGAGACUGAUAUUUCCCAGCUUACGCAACAUACAACCGAGUCAGUGAACGAUUCAGCGGAGGAACGUAGUUAUCACCGUUGUCUUGACUGCUCUACUAUAAUUGUAUUGGAACACGGGGAUGAUCCUACAUUGCAAUGUGCCAAGUGUCAAAGCAAACGCAUCGAACUUGUUGGUUCCCUCUUACAAAUGCGUCCUUCCCAGAACACUAACAACGUUAAACAGAUUAAACCCGCAAAUGAUCCUGACCGCAAAGCCCACUACGCCGCCGUUCUUGACUCGUUAGAACCGCAGCACUCCAUACCGACCGCUCGUGAAUCUACUUCUGGCUUUCGAAGGUUCACUGACCGCCUCUUCUCCCGCAAGAAGGCUGAUGAUAUUGAACCUCAGCACAGCUCGGGAGCCACCGAGAAUUUGAUUCAAUAUCUUGGUCUGAAACAGAAGGCUGUAGAAAACCAGAAGGCCUGGAAGAUUCUGAUCAGUGUUUACCAUAGGCGUUUAGACUCUCCUACGAAAACACAGUCUAUGUUUGAUGAUUUCAUCAGAAAUGUUCAAUAUCAGAAUAGCCUGCCAACUCUUCAACCAGUAUCUGAUCCGCGUAGCUUCUUAGAAGUUAUGGUCAAGUUCUACUUGGAUCCACUCAAACAACUUCCCCCGAAGGACCUCACAAAACCUAUAUCGAACUACUUUAUCAACAGCAGCCAUCGGACGCCCUCACAUACGUUGUCAGAGUCUCGCGAUGCUUAUGAUGCAAUAAAAGAGGUACUUUAUUUUGGGCAUCGAUCUAUUGAUUUGGAUGUUUGGAAUGGUGAAAAAGAGCAAUCCAGGCCUGGACAGAACUCGAAAGCAAUUAGCCGGUUCUUCGGCCUUACCAAAGGAACUGGCCCGAUCAUACCUGCGUCUCCUAAGUCCCCAGCAUCCCAAUCAGAUCACUUGAGUCACCCCACAGAACCAAUAGUCACAGAUGGCUAUGCUCGUAUGAUACCCUGCGGCUUCAUGGAAGCCUGUCAAGUGAUCAGAAAGUCUGCCUUUGUUAGUUCUGAUCUACCUGUGAUCAUAAAUCUUGAGGUUCACGCAGACGCUGAACAGCAAGAGAUGAUGGUCAAAAUAAUGAAGGAAGAGUGGCAUGGUAUUCUGGUUGAUGAGCCACUCGAGGGCUACGAUCCACGAUUUCGACUACCGACAUUGGAGGAUCUUCGAGGUCGGAUACUUGUUAGACUCGGAGCGAUAACAAGUAUUUCUGUGCCCAACCCUGAUCAGUCUGACAACGAUCUGCAUGGAGGCGGCCACCAUAGACUAGGGCGUAUCUCCAUUAUACAACCGCUGGCUGAACUCGGGGUUUACUUACGACGCGAGAAAUUUGAGGGUUUCACCGACAUGCAUACCAGUUCCCCUGGUCAUCUUUUCUCCCUGCAGGAAAGUAAGGUACAGGAACUGAUUUCAACGUCGCCCACUAAACUCUUUCGACACAAUCAAGACUACUUCUUUCGUGUCUAUCCGAGCUCGGCAAGACAAGGCUCUUCAAAUCUUGAUCCUUUAAGAUUUUGGAGAUACGGCAUUCAGAUGGCUGGUAUUGCCCGACACCACCUAGAUGAGGGCAUGAUGUUAAAUGAAGCAAUGUUCGCCGACGAAUCAGGAUGGGUUCUCAAACCCAAUGGCUAUCGAAGUUUAAAUAUGUACAAUCCAGCCGAUCCAAAAGAAGCUCCCAGAAAAGGUCUCGAGCUGAAUAUAUUCGCUUUCAAAGAUCAGGAGUUUCUGACCAGUACCGGUCGAGAAAUUAAGAACCUGGCGUCAUUCAUGAUAGUCUCACUUCACAUUAAUGACGAAGAAAUGCCUCGCGUACCAAAACAAGAACUCAACACUACAGAGAAUGAAUCAGGGGCUUUGGGAUACAAUCUCAACUUCUUUGUUACAAGGGCACAGGCCACCAUUAUUCCGAAACUCUGCAUCCUUAGGUGA